AUGAGAGCCAAGUUUGCUUGGAAAUUGAUUGAUAAACCUGAGUCACUGUUGAGCAGACAUCUUAUUGCUAAAUAUGUUGUUAAUUGGUGGAGCUAUGGGCUGAGUAGGAGUAGUUCCUCUACGUGGAAGAUCAUGUUGUCUGGAUGGAAUGCACUCAUGAAUCAUGUUAGAUGGAGAAUUGGUAAUGGUUCUAAAUUUAAAGUGCUGAAGGAUAUCUGGAUUCUUAAUAAGUCCUUACUCAAAUGGCAAACAUUUGUGGGUUAUUUUGAGGAUGAGGAUGUUUCUCAGGAUUAUUUCAUUUCAGAUGGCUGCUGGGACCUUAAGAUUGAUCCAUGUUGGCAUGAGGAUUGUAUGGAAUUGAAACAUAAGAUGUCUGGUAAGUCUUUAUCUGUUGUAAUUAUGCAAGAUAACUUCAAAAACCUAGAAGACGUGAUUCCAUUAAGAUGGGUUUAUAAACUGGGUUUAAAUGCAAGAUUGGAAGUCUUUAUUUGGAGCUGCUGUAAACUCAAGAAGGUGUUGUAUGUGUUGAGAGGAUGGGGAUUCCAGGUUCCCGUUUUUAGUGGAUGGGAUGACUGCUGGGCUAGUCUUCAGAGGCUCAAAGAUGGGAAUAUGGAGAUGGUAAAGUUGUAUUUUACUGUUAUUUGGUUUGUUUGGAAUCAUAGAAAUAAGUUCAAGCAUGGGAAUCCGGAAGUUAGUGAGGUGUUCAUUGCUACUUCAAUCCUUAGCUUUAUCAGUCAGGAUAAACAGAAUUUUGUUGAAUCGAAGAACUGGGUUGUCAAUCAGUCCCUUGGGCUGUCUCUAGGUAAAUGGCAACCUCCUCCCCCUUGUUGGAUUAUGAUUAAUCUUGAUGCUUCUCUUAAAGGGAAUUAUGAGGCAGGUAUUGGUGGUAUUGUAAGGGAUUGUAAAGGAAGGUUUAUUCUUGCUUUUGGUAUGAAGAAAAUUCACUGGGACAUUGGCCAGCUAGAGUUAUCCACAGUUUCAGCUAUUACAGAUAUUAUACGUGACAGAUUUGAUGAUGUUGGAGGCAUUAUAAUAGAAGGGGACAAUAAAAAUGCUAUAAAAUUUCUUCACAAAAUGCACAGUAUACCGAAGAAUAUGGAUAGGAGAUUAGAUAUUUAA